AAUGGCGAAUGCAGCCCUGCAAUUCUCACGCUAUUGUGCUAAUGCUUUCCUUUCUCUCUGUCUGAGCAGGAGCCCCCUAACCUGCGUGCCCUUGAAUACCCAUCUCCAGCCAGCUCAAUCCCCAUGGAGGUUUUCUACUAUAACUCCUCCAUCCUCUACAUCCAUAAGCUGUCAAACAGCAGCAUUGGGGGCGGUGACAUUACCGUGUACGAGCGGUGCAAGGCCAUGCCCAUCCCCUUGUUCAUUUAUCUGGUCCUACAGUUCAUCAAUAUGUUCCUGGGGAUCCCUGCUAACGUGAUGGUGCUAUGGCUUCUGCACAAGAACAAGGGGGACUCCUCCACCUCCGACAUCUUCAUCCUCCACCUGGCCAUCCUGGAUACCUUCUUCUGCCUCAUCCCACCUUUGGAGCUGGCCAACAAACUCUUCCUCACCACCAGCAGCACCUGGUACGUACUGCGCUUCUUCUACGGGGUGAAAGACUCUUCGCCGCUCUUCCUCUCCUGCAUCUGCAUGGACCGCUACAUGGCCGUCCUGCACCCAAUCACCUUCACCGAGCUGAAGGACCGAAACCACCGUGCGGUCUGCGCUGCUGUGGUGUGGCUGAUCACCCUGGCCUACGCGACGACAAAGAGCGUGGACAAAAUCCCCAACUUUGGAAAGGCCUUCGUGGGCAUUAUCCUGCCAGCUUUUGCCUUCAUGCUCUUCUGCAAUGCGGCCAUCCUAAACGCGCUCCGCAAGUCGGGCCCUGGCCGCGAUGACAUGCACCCCGUCAAGAAGAGGGCCUUCAAGAUGGUGGUCAUCAUUCUGGCCAUCAUAUUCUGCAACUACUUCCCGCCUGUGGCGCUCAUGCCCUUCUAUGACUACUUCACCGCAGAAGUGCUGAACUGCUAUGUCCACCCUGUAGCCUUUGGCUUCAUGGACAUCAGCAGCAGCAUUCAGCCCAUUCUCUACCUCUCCCAGAAGUUUCCCAGCCUCCGAUGCUGCUGCCCGAAGGAUCAAGACUCAGGAAACUCCACCGAUCCAAGCUGAACUUCUUGAUGAAAAAUCCAUUGCGUAGACUUGCAGUUUAACAUUUAUUUUUGUUGGAUUUUUCUCUCUGUAGUCAUGGAAUUGAAGCAGUUAUUUGUAAUGAAGCACUAUUGAAUUUUAAAUAAAUGAGCAUGUACAGUCAUUAUUGAGUCUCAAUAAUGGGCCAUUGACUAGGACUGUAAAAGAUA